UGACAGCGGGCCAGGACGCACGCGAGGCAGCGCGAGCCGGGCCGGACCUGCUGGGCCGCGGAGCCAAUCGCCGGCGCGGCCCCUCCAUGGGCGAGGGGGCGGCGGGGGCGGCGGGGGCCGCGGGGGCCGGCGCUCCGAGGUGAACGCGCGGCGCCCGCCCUGCCGCCCAGCCGCAGCGAUGAAUUCCGCCGAGCAGACCGUUACGUGGCUCAUCACCCUGGGGGUGCUCGAGUCGCCCAAGAAAACCAUCUCGGACCCGGAGGGCUUUCUGCAGGCGUCGCUGAAGGAUGGGGUGGUGCUCUGCAGGCUGCUGGAGCGCCUGCUGCCCGGGACCAUCGAGAAAGUCUACCCGGAGCCCCGGAGCGAGAGCGAGUGCCUGAGCAACAUCCGCGAGUUCCUGCGCGGCUGCGGGGCGUCCCUGCGGCUGGAGACUUUUGAUGCAAAUGAUUUGUACCAGGGGCAGAAUUUUAACAAGGUCCUCAGUUCCUUAGUGACUCUAAAUAAAGUAACAGCAGACAUUGGACUAGGAAGUGAUUCUGUAUGUGCUCGGCCCUCAUCUCAUCGAAUAAAGUCUUUUGACUCCCUGGGAUCACAGCCUUUACACAGUCGGACUUCAAAAUUGUUCCAGGGCCAGUAUCGAAGUUUGGACAUGACCGAUCAUAGCAACAAUCAACUGGUAGUGAGAGCGAAGUUUAACUUCCAGCAGACCAAUGAGGACGAGCUCUCCUUCUCAAAGGGGGAUGUCAUUCAUGUCACCCGAGUGGAGGAGGGAGGCUGGUGGGAGGGCACACAUGGUGGCCGGACAGGCUGGUUCCCCAGCAACUACGUGCGCGAGAUCAAGGCCAGCGAAAAGCCUGUGUCUCCCAAAUCAGGGGCGUUGAAGAGUCCUCCCAAAGGAUUUGAUACGACUGCCAUUAACAAAAGCUAUUAUAAUGUGGUGCUACAGAAUAUUUUAGAAACAGAAAAUGAAUAUUCUAAAGAACUUCAGACUGUGCUUUCAACCUAUCUGCGGCCAUUGCAGACCAGUGAGAAGUUAAGUUCGGCAAACACUUCAUAUUUAAUGGGAAAUCUAGAAGAAAUAUGUUCUUUCCAGCAAAUGCUCGUACAGUCCUUAGAAGAAUGCACCAAGUUGCCUGAAGCUCAGCAGAGGGUUGGAGGCUGCUUUUUAAACCUGAUGCCACAGAUGAAAACCCUGUACCUCGCGUAUUGUGCCAAUCACCCAUCUGCAGUGAAUGUCCUCACAGAGCACAGUGAGGAGCUGGGGGAGUUCAUGGAGGCAAGAGGUGCCAGCAGCCCUGGGAUCCUUGUGCUGACCACAGGCCUCAGCAAGCCCUUCAUGCGCCUGGACAAAUACCCCACACUGCUCAAGGAGCUCGAGAGGCACAUGGAGGAUUAUCAUACCGAUAGACAAGAUAUUCAAAAAUCUAUGACUGCCUUCAAAAACCUUUCAGCCCAGUGUCAAGAAGUCCGGAAAAGAAAAGAGUUGGAGCUGCAGAUCUUGACAGAAGCCAUUCGGAGCUGGGAGGGAGAUGACAUUAAAACCUUGGGCAACGUCAUUUACAUGUCCCAGGUCCUGAUCCAGUGUGCGGGAAGCGAGGAAAAGAAUGAAAGAUACCUUCUACUCUUCCCAAAUAUUUUGCUAAUGUUGUCUGCCAGUCCUAGGAUGAGUGGUUUUAUCUAUCAGGGAAAGCUACCAACGACAGGAAUGACAAUCACAAAGCUUGAGGACAGUGAAAAUCAUAGAAAUGCAUUUGAAAUAUCAGGGAGCAUGAUCGAGCGGAUAUUAGUGUCAUGCAACAAUCAGCAGGAUCUGCAUGAGUGGGUGGACCACCUGCAGAAGCAGACGAAAGUCACAUCGGUCGGAAACCCCACCGUGAAGCCUCACUCUGUGCCCUCCCACACCCUCCCCUCCCACGCGGUCACUCCGUCCAGCAAGCACGCGGACAGCAAGCCUGCACCGCUGGCGCCUGCCUACCACACGCUCCCUCACCCCUCCCACCACGGCACCCCGCACACCACCAUCAACUGGGGACCCCUGGAGCCUCCGAAAACUCCCAAGCCUUGGAGCCUGAGCUGCCUGCGGCCUGCACCUCCCCUCCGGCCCUCCGCUGCCCUUUGCUACAAGGAGGAUCUUAGUAAGAGUCCCAAGACCAUGAAAAAGCUGCUGCCUAAGCGCAAGCCUGAACGGAAGCCUUCGGACGAGGAGUUUGCCUUGCGGAAAAGCACAGCUGCUUUGGAAGAAGAUGCUCAGAUUCUGAAAGUCAUUGAAGCUUACUGUACAAGCGCCAAAACACGGCAAACCCUCAAUUCAACAUGGCAAGGCACUGACCUGAUGCAUAAUCACGUCUUGGCUGACGACGACCAAUCAAGUCUAGACUCCUUGGGUCGUCGCAGUAGCCUUUCUCGUUUGGAGCCUUCAGACCUCUCGGAAGACUCUGACUAUGACAGUAUAUGGACAGCCCAUAGUUACAGAAUGGGUUCUGCAUCUCGUAAGAGCUGUUGCUCAUAUAUCUCUCACCAGAACUAAUGCACUUCUGAGCUUUUCUUAACAAAUGCUUGUGGUAUCGCAGCCUGCUUUUCUUAGAUGUUUUCUUGCUGUUCCUUGUCUCUUUUAUGUGAUAUUUUAACAACUUUUGAGAGUGUUCCUGGUAUUUCCCGUUGUACUUUGUGGAGGCUUAACUGCCACUUCGAGUUUACAUUAAGACCCUGACUGCUGAGAGUGGUAUGUUCAAUGAGCCUGUACCUGAGGAUGCUUUCCUCAAUGGAUAGUUGUUUUAUAGCUCCAAAUGGUUUGGGUUUUUUUAUUCUCAGUGUAGCAACUGUUUCAUUUCUUUUUGGAUACAGCUGUAUGAACACUUUUAUAUUUUAUACUGAAACCACACAGGUUUGUGAUCUAAGUGCCACAACAUGGAGAAGACCUGGCUUUAUACCCAGGGACCUAAAUUUUUCAUGUAUGAUGAACAUGUUUGAUAAAGUAGUUGUAGAGAGACAAGAAGAUGUGCAGCAAAAGCACUGAGCCAGUUCUGAGCUUGUGUUCUGGUAAUCAUGCACAAUGGUGUAUAGCUCUGGGCCUUGGCAAGUGCACAGAGGGACGGGCGUCACGUGUGUUCAGAGAUGUCCUCACCUCACAGCUCUGUGCUCUUCCAUGUCCUGCAUUGUAGCUGUGAAGUGGCAGAGCUUACUGUCAUGACUCAGAUGUUCAUGCUCAUCUUCACACCAAACUUUGCUGAACUGCAGUGAUUUCUGUUAUAUGGCACUUAGCAAGCCUAAACUACUCUCUACUAAAGUCUCUAUACUAAAGAUUUAAAGUCUAAAAUCUGAAACAUUCAGCCUCUGCAAGUAUAGACUAGACUGCGUUCAGAGAGGCUUUUGGUAGACUUAAAAAGUCAAGUGCUUUGGCUUUAGUCACAGCCUGGCUGGCCCCUGUCAUCUGUACUUAUGCUGUCUAUAAGAGCCAUUAGCACAUUCUUGUUUUCAGCAAACCAGCUGCAGUGAAACUCCAUUUACAGCAACCCAUAAUGUAAAAUCCUAAUGCUUCAUUAUAGUGGGAUAUCAAUAUCGAAGUCCACCGAAGACUUUACUAGUUGCCAUGUAAUUCACUUAUAAGAAAAUCUCCCCCACUUUUCUGGGAUUUGUUGUAAGGAGUUUUCACUAGCCUCUCUCAGACUAAUUUCUGCUUCAAAGAGAACUGAAUGUGACGUGUUGCAUUCAGUUGUAACAUCAAAUCCACCUCUAGUCAUCGCUCAAGAGGCCGAACUGUGUUCUCUUCCAUGCAUACACUCUAUUCAGUGUUAAAAUGGAAGCUUAUGGUUGUGUUGUAAGUAUUCACUGAAAGAGGAUGCCACAGUGCAUCAGGAAUAACGUUUCUUCCUUCCUUUAGGGUGGCUGUAAUUCCAGGUUGCUGCUAUUUCUUUUCCGACCACCCCCUCCUUCGCCAAACCCAUGUAUUCAGUGUUCUGAUGUUUGCGCAGAGUGACCUCUGAUGCAAUAUCAGUCAUGUCCUGGAAGCUGGGUCGUGCUGCUCACAAGCCCAGAGGUGCUAGUGAGGUCCUGGCAGUAGCUCAUUGUGUGGAAAGUCGGGCAGCUUCUUUCUGCAUGGAAUGGGGUGAUGGCACAGAAGUCAUUAGGGCCACGGUUCAUUCCCAGGUAGCAUCUGAACUGCUUAUGCCAGCUGGAGAUUUCAUAUUUUUAUAUCAAUUAGCAUAAAUAAGAAAGUCAAGGAGUAAUCUUUAAAUUUAGUCAAAGCCCAGUAUUAAUCUCCAGUAAAGAUGGGGUUUAUAUAUGUCCAGCCAAAUAGCAAAUUGAAUUUUGGAGAAAUGUGAUAACUAUGAAAUUUAUAUACUUACUCAAUAUCAUACAAUGGGUUGAGAAGCAAUUUUGGUUUUAUAUUUCAUAGAGAAUCUUCUUUUCUAAUAUUAAUAGUAGAAUGUCUUUUUGUUUGCUUGGAGACUGAUAAUUAGUGCAUUGGUUUAGAUGCCUUUGCCAUGCCUUAGUAAAACUUGGGUUGCCUGUCAUGUGCUAUGUAUACCACACAUUGGAAUACAGUUGCUGCACUUUUUUUUUAAUGCCAAGUAUCAUUCGAUUAUCUUAAUAAUUUUCGUUGAUAUUCUAUACACCAAAGUUUUGACAAUUUAACAUCAUUGCUUUUUGUACCAGUUACAGCAUUUUGAGGAUGCUUUUUUGUUGAUGCUAAGAUCACUGCAAAAUAAUAACCUUUUUCGUUGUUUGCAUUUGUUUUGAAUGUCUAACACCAUUAGUUUUUGUGACCUGGUUAAGAAAUAUUUGUGCCACAGGCCCAAAAGACAGUUCUCAUGUGGCAGUGGUGAUAUGGCAUUCAAAGGGCCAGUGUUUCUAUUUUUGUGGAACUUUAGUCAUGCUGAUAAUAGUAUCUUCUGUUUAUACAGUUCUGUAAUAUCUGUGUGUACAGUUAGUAUUAUGAUGAAAGGAUGAAGAAUCUGAACUCGAAGGUAGGUUUAAGCCAUCAUUAGGCCCUUUGCAAGUGGCCUAAAUGGUGUUCCCAUUGAACUAACACUUGCCACAAGUAUAUAAUAAGCUAUAUUAAUUAUGUGUUUUGCAUAAAAUUGUCAAAACACAGUAAUGUGUACAUAGUGGUAUAAGAUCUUGAAAAAAUCUAUAUAUUGUGCUCUUUACUGUGAAUGGGAAAAGCCAUUUUUAGUAGGUGAUUACCAUUUGAAAAACACUGGAUGUACAUCUGAAUGUUGCAUUGUAUUGUACAGUAUGCAUAUUAUUGUUUGUGGUUGCAUAUGGCAAUGAAGUGUUUGUUUUAUAAAAAAAAUCUGUUAUGUACAGUUGAAAUAAAUUUUGCAUUUGCUAGCCCGUGGCUUUUAAUAUUUGUUACAUGGGGGAGGGGGAGUAGCGUAGUUUGCAGUUGAAUGUGAUUUAGCUGUUCUUGCUGAACAAAGGCGGCAGGCCAGUCAGUAGAACACUUUCUGUCUGACCUGAGAGAAAAGCUUGCACUUUCUUGGGUUAAAUAGGUUCAGAAACAAUACAAGUUCACUCCUUAUACAUUUUUAUUUCAUUUGUUUCCUGCUUCCAAUUUUUUAAAAACAAGUUUUCAAUUACUGGAAAGUUUGUUUCCAGAAAGAAGCAUUAUUGUUUUUUGUGCUUAGAAGUCUUUUAUUUACCCUAAAGUCAGUUUUUCAUUUUUGUCUUAUGAAGUGCAUAUCAGUCUGACUCAGAGAAAUGAAGCAGAAUAAAAGAAAAGAAGGAGAAGUUCUGUGAUAGGUACAGAGCUUGGACAAGGUGCAGACAGUAAAUGCUGUUUUUUUAUUUUUUUUUUCCUGAGAAAAAUAAAUUAGCCAUAAAUAACAAGGUGGCCUAGAUGACUUUUGAGAGAUUUUAUUAAAUAAAUUUUUUAAAGUAUAGUAUUUUGCUCCAUUAUGAAAGUUAUUUUAGUUUCAGUUGAUUAUAAUUAGAUUCAGAUAUUUAAAAAGUAAUGAAUUUAAGAAACUGAGUUAUACAACAACUGUGCUAGACUGCUGGCUGGAUAGGCAGGUAUUCGUUUCUGACAAGCUUAAACUGAUUUUAGUCUUUUUGUGCAGGCAGACUUAUACAUUCGUGCACACACAUCAUACAGCACCCUGGAUCUGACAGUUGGGCUGUGUUACUCCUGAAACAUUUAGUUGUGUGUGUCAGAUAAGGCCUCCCCGCAUGGUGUAACAACCAAGAAGGGUGCUGCGACUUAGCCCCUGGGACUGUCCCUGCUCUGUUACUGCCUGGGCAAGUCAUCUCGUCUAUAAAAUGGAAAUACUGGAUUAGAUCUGUGUGUCUUAAACUAAGGUCCACAGUUCUCUAGGGAUUUGUGAAUGUUUGGGGGUGGGGGGAGGUAGAGUUCUCAGAUAUAUCUAGAAUUUUAACUUCUGUGCUCAUAUGAUACAAGCAUGUUCUCAGGCUUACGGAAUACCCCUUUGAGUGAGUGUUGCCAUGGGGCCCCAGUGCCUGCUGGUAUUGCCACGUGCAUGGCACAGAGUGACCCUGACAGUGUAGUAUGGAACUGUCAUUGCAAGUGCUUCUCAGCAGGCCUUGGUGGGUAGACACCAAGCAUCUGCAGGCACGUUCAUGGGAGUCCUCAGGUUUGAGAAAUACUGGAUUUGGUUGGUAUUAAGUAUAAAUUAUUAUUUCAUUAUAUUGAUUUUUUCUAUUCUCACCUCCAUACAGAAACAGUUAACAACAGCCAACCAGCAAUUUUGUGUAUGUGUUUAUAGAAACAGACAGAUGAUAGGUUAGUCUAGCACUUCUCAAACUGUUAUCCAGAAAACCAUUUUUAGGAUUUUAAUGUUAAUAUUAAUGUACAAAAAAGUUCACUACUCAAAACGAGUUUCAGAAAUGCUGAAUUAAAGAAUUUUUGUGGCAAACUUCAUCAAAACCCAUAUUGUGCUAAAGGUGCACUGAAUCUCCAAGAAGUGGCUGUAGCAUGUAGCAUUUCCCAAAAUAGUGUGUUGCAGAACUCCUCUCAUCUCUAGAAACACCAAAGUUUAGGAAACACAGAUCUUGACUGUACUGGAACCAUCAUGAAUGUGUUCAUCUGUCUGAGCCUCUGUUAAUGGGAUUUUAAAUAAAGUGAUAGAACAUUCUCUGGUAGUUCUGUUGUUAAAUUGUUUUUCUAAUCUAGGUAAUUUGGGGAAAAUGUGUUAUGAUGCCUCUAAAAGUACUUUAAUAAUUUAUGAGAUAACAUAUUAAAUCUGUCUACUUUCUAAAACAUUGUUCUUAAAGAAAUAGCCAACUUAUUUAUAAACCUGGCUGGAAAAUAUUCCUUUUUUUUUUUGAAAGGCUGUAGUACUUGUCAGUCAUUUCAGAAAAAUAUGUUAUAUUGACACUUGACAGAUUAUUAGCACUACAUUGAUUUCUAGGCAGACUAAUAAUCUUCAUUUGUAAGCCUCCUAACUCACCAUCAGAGAUCCAUAAAUGGCAUUUUCACAUUAGUGCAUUUCAGGAAUGAAGCAGUUAUAAUCCUGUCUGUAAUAUAACAUUCUCAAACUUACAUUUUUAUAAUAUAUCAUUAAGUCCUUCUCAAGUGCUUUAAGUGUAUUUGCAAAAAUAAGGCCAAUGUCAUGUAUAUGCAGUCAUCAUAUCAGUUCUUACAGGUUUUAGCUCCUCAAAUUAAUUAUGUUGCAUAGUGGAAUGGCUUUUAUCUUUAUGAAUUCAUCUGUUAAAAGAUAUUUAUAAAAUGUAAUAUUCAAAUUAAUCCUCAGAACACCGCUGGAGAAGUAGUUAGUUUUGUUAUUUUAUUUUGUAAGUAAUGAAGUUGAGACUCUGGCUUUAGUGAUGAAGCAUCACCACAGAGUGUCCUCGCAGCACCUCUGCACAGAAGUGUCAGCAUCCUCUGUGAUUCUGUUUUAUAUGUCAUUUGAAAACCUCAGUGCUGGAAACACAUAAUGUAAACAGAUUGUUUAAGAAGGUGGAAGAAGUGGCAGAAAUAAUUUAAAAGAAAUACAUAAUUUGCCUGAAGUGCAGUUACAUAAAAACUUUUUUUUUCAACUUGUCUCAUUAGCUAAUCCAAAUGUGUUGCAAAUUUAAUGUGAGAUCAUAAAUAAUACCUUUCUUUGAUUUGACUCAAACACAGGCAUCAACUAUCUAGGCUCACAGCAGGUCAACAAGGUAAUUAAUAACAGUGGGAAAACUUAGGAGUUGACUAAAGCAAGCGAUGUUAUUAGCUUCUCUUCCCAAGGAAGAUUAAGUGAAGCCAUAUGUUUUCUACACAUGUGGUAUAAAUAUCUGAAUCUUUAUGAAUCCUUUUGUAUUUUCUGGGUAAAUAGCAUAUAAUUUUUUUUCUUCUAAAAUCAUGGGCACUUUUCACUUUUGUAGCAAGAUGCACAGAAAAAUUCUUCACCUGGGAAGUACCCCUGCUAUCUCUGUAAAUCUUUCUCACGUAUCAGUUUCCUUCCCACGCAGUAUUUUCCUGUGUGGCCCACACAUCUCAGCAGCAUUGCCCGUUAACCAGGAGAGGCUAGAAGAAGGCAGGCCCGCAGCCCACAGGGUUCUCUCCUGUGACCUCUCAGAGGUGCAGGUGCCCGGAACAGGCGAGGCUCCUCUCAUCCAGAAGGGACAUUUCCGCCCUUGUUUCUUGAAACCUGUCAGAGAUUUCUGGGUAGACUGAUAUUGUCAGCCUAGUGUUUUCAAAAAUGUAUUUCUUUCUGAAACCGUAUCUUGCAGUCCUGUCUGAAUGUUUUGUCUGAAAAAUUACUCUUGAGGUGUAGGUCACUGUGUGUGAGGGUGGGUGGAAUGCCGCCUUCUGAGGGUGCGUGCAUGAAGGUCCCCCCCUCCACACACACACUGAUAGGCUUGCUGUCAGGGGUUUGUAUAGCACAUUGUGAACAUGUCAUUAGAGGGGCAUCUUUGAAUUAGUAUUUGACAGACCCAUUUAUAAACGUGUGGAUAUGCCAGCCCAUUACUUUUAACAAAGUCUAGGUACUGCAUUUGAUCAUAACACUGAAAUUAUUCUCAGUACCCAUAAAGGUUCUUUCCUUUAUUGGUGUAAAAUGUGUCUCUCUUGGAGCUUGUGCUGUGUGACAUAGCAUUGUACUUGAUUGCUCACCCCGAGCUCCGUCUUCUUACACCUGAGAUAACAAAGGAGCUCAGCAUCUGAAUCUUGCUUAGUUCUGGCCUUCUCAUUUCGAAGUCUGGGAUGAGGUGGAGCAGGUUUUGUAGAUUCACAAAGGGCAGCACGUGGCCAGUGAGCUCCACGCAUUCCGCCGUGGGAAUGGUUGAGAUACUCUGCAUGUCGGGAAUGUUUUAUGAGCCCUCUUGUCAUCAGCUUUGACAGUUGUUAAUCUUGUUCUGUUCAGAGGAGUAUAAGCAUACAGUAAAAUGCUGGUAAAACUAUUCUUUGCAAUCCUGUCUUUUAAAAACAUUUGUAUAAUUCAAACUUUCCCAUGAUAAUGAGGGUGCACAACACGUGCUGCUCUUCUAAUCUGACAAAUUUUUAGGAAGACAAACAAAAGGCAAGUGGGAAAAAACAAGACCAAGCAAGUUGAACCACCAUUUCCAUAAUUAAUGAAUGUACCUCAACCAUUAAAUAUACUUUUUUCGUUGAGAAAUGCUUAUCACAAUCCCACUGCAAGUGUUUUUGUGGUGUGGUAGAUAAUAUCUUUCCUUCAAUUUGCAUCUGAUAUUUUUCAAAAUUAUAAAUGGUAUAUGUUAUGUUGUAUAAUCUUUAAGAAAAUAUUCUUUUCUUUAAGACUAUGACUUGAUUCUCUUUCCUCACCUUUUAAAAUGAGUAUUUGGAUUUCCCAUUUAAUUUCUAAAGUAUAUCUUACAGCAACCAAAGUCCAAUAUAGGCUUUUAUUCAGGUGUUAUUUAAGUAGUUAAUGUCCUCUGACAUUGUGAACAGUUUACUUUCAUUUAGAAAAGUAUUUAUAUUCCAGGGAAUGUAGAAUAAAGUUUUCAUAAAAGAACCAAGUAAUACAUUUUACUGUUUCUAAAUCAUAUGCUAUAUCUUUAUUUUUAAAUGUUGCCAUAGAGUUAAAUGUUUUAAUUGCCAGCUCUUCAAUUAAUAAACACUGAAUGUGUUUGUUCUGCUUGGUCUCUCUCAUAUGUCUUCCUGACAUCCAUGAAUAAUACAAUGGCUCAAAAUUUAGAUGAAUAUCCAAGGAACAUGGUUAGAACCCUUAAAUUACCACCUGUUGAAUAUUUUGGGAUUUAAAAGAUUAAUAAUCCAGAUUCAGAAACUGAAGUUUGUUAGUUUGCAAAAGGCUGGUGUUUCCUCUGAGGCCUUGGGUAAUGGGAAGGGUUGGGUUCUGUAGAAAAUAUUGGUCAAAGAUGCCAUACUCUGGCUUGUCUUGCUGAAAAAUUUUUAUUACAUAGUCACUGAAAUUUAGUAUUUAAGUAGUACUGUAUAGUCAAGUUCUAUUUCUUUGUUCUGCUGUAAUAGUCACCUGAGGUUAUUUUUUUUCUUUUUUUUUUUU